AUGAAAUCCAUUGAUUUUCCUGGGCGCUUGACGCUCUUGGCACUUAUUGAAGACUUUAAGCCUGGUUCCCAAGGGGGCAUCUUCAGCGGCGAUAGAAUAUCGCGAGCCGACCCCAAUUAUUCGAGCGCAGCUUUGUGCAUUCGAGCUUUACUGCCGCUCACACGCUUGCGGAAUGACUCGCUCGCUUUACCAAUCUUCAGUCUCCUCACGACUUAUAUGGGGAACCUGAAAAACGACAUAAAGCUAGCACAGCUCGCACAGUCAUCGUAUACGUCCGCCUUGAAAAAGGCUCGUCCACAUAUCCAGCAGGUCAUAGAGAAUGGCCAACGCGGUGCUCAACAAAAGGCCAACAUUGAAUUAAUCUUGCUAUUAGCUAUAGCUUUUCUAGUAUUUGAGUUCGUGAACGAAAAUGAGUACUCAGAAGUAGCCCUUUUGGCCCACAUCCGCGGUGUGUUAAGCAUCUUAGAGCUCUAUGGGCCGCGCAAUUGCUCUUCACCACAAAUGCGACAAGCUUUUAGUGGAUUUAGGGGGGUCUUUCUUUCUGUUAGACUUGACAGACAUAAUCCAACCUUCUUAGCCGAUUCAGAUUGGAUUCGCCUCCCAUUUCUGAAUAUUCGGAAGACCAAAAAGGAGCUUCUCCACGAUAUUGCGUUGCAAAUACCACGGCUCUUCUACCAAACAAAUCGAUGGUUCUAUGGGCUUGAACAUUCUGCUCCCAACGACUCCAGCCGCGCAGACCUCUCAGAAUCCCCGAGGGAAAACCCAGAAACCGCUCUCUCACUUUUAGAUGACUAUUGGGCGGUCUUUGAUCAACUGGAAGAGUGGGAAAGCAACUGGAAAGCUUCUGAACAAGGUCCCCUGUACUGGCAUUCUAAUAUCCCAAUAUCCAGCAAGUUGGUCGACAUCGACCCAGUUUGCAUACCCUCUUUCCCAACUGAAACAUACCAAGUUCGCUUCCGAAAUACCCAAAAGGCAGGACUUGCUAUUGCCUUUUGGUCUUUUCGUCUGGAACUUCUUAUGGGAAUGAUCAAACUCCAGCAAAAGUUAUCUGGCACACAGGUUGACUCAUUGGAAAAGAACCUGGCCAUGGCAGAAGAAACUGCUUUUCUAAUUCUGCAAACGGCACCAUACCUUACAAGUUGUUUUGAGGGUACAGUAGCUUCAAAGGCACCGCUUCGAACUAUAACGAGAUAUUUUGAGCUGAGAGCUCUGGAGGGAGACUUCAAUCCACCGUCAGCUAGCAUUUGA